UGCACUGCGAGGUCUGCAGUAUAUUAUUGACAAAGAAAAAAGCUUGAGAGAAACAACAACAGGGUGGGAUCAGAGGCACAAACCCUGGCGAUAGCACAAACGUUACACGAAUCCGAGCCCUGACAACAAGUACCAUGUCAUGGCCCUGAGGCGAUGAUAGCGGGAAGUGCCAUCUCCACCUAAGGGGAGUUUACAGAGCUUGAUAGUUUGUGGAGAGAGGGGUGGGGGGGCCUAGGCAGACCACGGAAGGGGAAGGGGAAGAGCUCAGCUGAAGCCAAUGCAGCAGCAGCAUCGACAGCCUGAGCUGGUGGAAGGAAACCUUCCCGUGUUCGUGUUCCCCACUGAGCUCGUCUUCUACGCAGAUGAUCAGACGUCUCACAAGCAGGUGCUCACCCUCUACAACCCCUAUGAGUUCGCUCUCAAGUUUAAAGUGCUGUGCACAGCGCCAAACAAGUACACAGUGGUGGAUGCCACCGGAGCAGUUAAACCACAGUGUUGUGUUGACAUAGUAAUCAGACACAGAGAUUUGCGGCCAUGCCAUUAUGGGGUGUACGACAAGUUCCGACUGCAGGUGUCGGAACAAAGUCAGCGGAAAGCUCUGGGUCGCAAAGAGGUGACGGCCACGCUCCGUCCCUCCGCCUCACAGGAGCCGCCCAGCCCCCGGCCCCAAGAUGAGGAACGCAGAAUCAAAGAGCAGUUUGCAGAGAGGGAGUUUUUUGAGCAGACUGCUUUUCAGACAGAGAGCCGUCCUGUUGCUGGAGGCCCCAGUCUGCUGACGGUGCUGCUCGGGCUGGUGUGUAUGGCCGCCCUGAUGCUCCCGACGCUGGGGGAGCAAGAAUCUACUGUGCCUGUCUACCUCCACUUAAGUGUUAACAAGAAACUUGUAGCUGCUUAUGUUCUUGGUCUUCUUACAAUGGUCAUCCUACGCACAUGAAGUGCUGGAAGCUGAGAGGAGGUGGGAAAACGAUCUGAAGACUAAGAGAACAGUCUCACACCCGAGGCACCACUGCGCUUCAAUGAGUACAGCUGACAGCAGGGGGGCGGGGUUAUUCUUCAAAUCACCCCACCCUCAUUUUAGUAUAGUUGUUUUCAAAUCCACAUAGUUGUGUUAAUACAUAAAUUGACACAAUACUGAACUGAUGCAAACAGCAGGGGCCUCCAGUGCGUAGGUCAAGGGUAGUGUGAGAGGAGCUGUCCCUGAGCAGGGCCUGUGAAGAAACAUGAGGCCAUUCAAAGUGCUGUCUGGCCUCAUAUUCCUUGUGUCUGUAUGUUUAUUGCCAUUAUGUAACAGAAUAUGGUUAACUUGAGUGUGAAGGACAUGCAAACAUGAUACAUGUAUAUAAAGCCAUUAAAAUUUUGUUAUGGUAUUCACCUGUAACCAUCAUUAUAUUGGUGUUUUAAAGCGUUUUUAGUGUAGACUCUGAGGACUAAAUGCAGUUUUUUGCAUGUGUUGAUACCUUAUCUGAACGAGUUUUUAAUUUUUACAGGAGUCAAGAUACUUUUACAUGUCACCAAAGGAGAGAUCUUUUCAAGACAGUGGUUUGUUCAGCGUACUAUAUCGAUGCUUCAUCAGACAUUUAAUAAAGUCUCAAUACAGCU